AUGGCACCAAGGAAAAACUCCCCGUUCGCAACGUCUAAGGAGCCAGAAGCACAAGUCGAACCACGAACGCGGAGCCCGACGGAGGAGGAUAUCGAUCCGAAUCAGAGGAUCGCUGACUUAGAGGAACAAGUGCAGGAUUUAGAGGCGGAGCUGCAAAACUACAAUGCGCGAGUUCGGGAACAGGAGCGGAUGAUCAACAGUCUCAAGGAGACAAUCGAUGCGAAAGAUCGCACGAUCAUCCAGCAAGCGCAACAAAUUGCACACUGUAGUAGACCAACUACAAUACUACCAUCUGUAGAGGGUCCGCAGAUACGUGGCAGUACGGACGGGAAUAGGAAAGGAGCUGACGUCGUCACUUUGAAAGAUGGCAUAGACCCUACUGUUACCAAUUGGAUUAUGCUGAUCAGGGAUAAAUUCCAGGACGAGCCGAUGAACUACCCCGAUGAACAGAGUCAAAUUAGGUACUGCAGGAGAAGGCUUGAAGGUACGGCACUUAGCCGUGUUGGUGCGUAUCUCCAGCGAGGGAAGGACUUUGAUUCCCUGGAAUUGUUUUUCAAAUUUCUUCCCAACAACAAAGAACAACUGGUGGCCGCACAAAAUGGCAAGCCCUUUGCGGACUGGUUUGCCACCUUCCAAGACGAGCUGUAUGAGACGGCUUGGCCCGAAGAAGACUGGAAAGAAAAGUUGCACAUAAUGCUCCCAAAGGAGUUGCAGCUAAAGACUUCGAAGGAGGCCUAA